UGUCGUCGAGCUGUUGUAUGCAAGUCUCUGUUUGUAUGUUCAUAUAUUAAAAUGGCAGAAGCCAGUUUUUCUCAGGAUCAGUUCAGCUGCUCAGUGUGUCUGGAUCUCCUGAAGGAUCCAGUGACCAUUCCCUGUGGACACAGUUACUGUAUGAGCUGUAUUACAGACUGCUGGAAACAGAAGAGAGUCUACAGAUGCCCUCAGUGCAGACACACCUUCACUUCAAGACCUGCUUUAUGUAAGAAUGUCAUAAUUGCUGAGAUGGUGGAGAAACUGAAGACGACAGACUUACAAACAGCUGAACCUGGAGAUGUGGAGUGUGACGUCUGUACUGGGAAGAAAUACAAAGCUGUCAAGUCCUGUGUGGAGUGUCUGAACUCUUACUGUCAAAGUCAUCUUGAACACCACGAGAAUCUCUUUAAAGACAGGAGACACAAUCUGAUGGAUCCCAUUAGACGACUCCAUGAGGUCAUCUGCCCAAAACACAACAAACAGCUGGAAAUCUACUGUCGUACUGACCAGCAAUUCAUAUGCUUACCAUGUUUAAUGGAUGAACAUAAAAACCAUGACACUGUCACAGCUGAAGCAGAAAGGACAGAGAAACAGAGGCUUUUGGGAGAAAAACAAAGAAAGUUCCAGCAGGGAAUUCAGGAGAGACAGAAUCAGCUCCAGGAGCUGAGAGACGCUGUGAAGUCUCAAAAGCACUCUGCACAAGCAGCAGUAGACGACACUGAGAGGAUCUUUACUCAGCUCAUCCGCACCAUUGAGAGAAGUCGCUCUCAGGUGAUACAGUUGAUCAGAGCUCAGGAAGAAGCUGCAGUGAGUCGAGCUGAACGACUCUUGUUGCGACUACAACAAGAGAUUGAUGAUCUGAUGAGUAGAAAUGCUGAACUGGAGCAGCUUUUACACACAGAUGAUCACAUCCAUGUCCUCCAGAUGUUCCAGUACAUUGCUGCUCCUCCUGAAUCUACAGACUUAAGCAGCAUCACUGUCAGUUCUUUCAUCUCUUUUCCUGAUGUGGCAAAUUUAGUCUCUCAACUGAAGGAAAAACUAGAGGGUUUCUGUAAAGAAGAGGUAGAAAAGAUCUUUGAUAGAGUAACAUGCAUCGAUAUGACCACCAAUAAACCAAUGAGGACCAGGGAACAGUUCCUUCAGUAUUCCUGCCAGCUCACUCUGGAUUCAAACACAAUGAAUCGAUUCAUCCUCCUGUCUGAAGAGAACAGUGUGGCUACUUGCACCGACACACCCCAGCAUUAUCCUGCUCAUCCAGACAGAUUUGAUUGCCGUGUGCAGGUGUUGUGUAGAGAGAGUGUGUGUGGAUGCUGUUAUUGGGAGGUUGAGUGGAGUGGGAGAAAAAGUGUGUGUAUAUCAGUGUCAUACAAGAGCAUCAGCAGGAAGCAAUUGUUUGGAUUUAAUAAUCAGUCCUGGAGUUUGUUCUGCUCUUCCUCCAGUUACAUAUUCAGGCACAAUAACAUAAAGACUGAGCUCCCCGUGUCCUCCAGCUCCUCUAGAAUAGGAGUGUAUGUGGAUCACAGUGUAGGAAUUCUGUCCUUCUACAGCGUCUCUGACACAAUGAGCCUCAUCCACAGAAUCCAGACCACAUUCACUGAGCCUCUCUAUCCUGGGUUUGGGUUUAGUAGUGGAACAUCAGUGAAACUGUGUAUAUGAGGGAUUCUGCAUAUGUCUCCUUCAUAUACUGGGUAAAAAUUGUGAUAAUAAGAAUGAAGAGUGCCUUAGCUAAUGAAUUUUGCGGGAAGACACAGGCUUUUAUAUAAAAAAUACUCUAUACAGAUGAUAAUAAGACCUUUUAAUAAUGUUAAAGCUAAUAUAUUUUAGUAGUUACAUUUAUAUUCAUGUGAUUCUGCUGUUACAUAAAUCUUAUCCUAAACCCCCAGCAGUGGGCGCUCUCACUGUUUAUAUGAGUGGCAAUUGUAUUUGAUAAAGCUGUUUUGAUUUUGUUUUUAUACAAAUUCCUUUUUUUCUUAAGUCCACAUUCCUCCCACAUAUAUUACAGUGAUUACAAUUAAUUUUGGCAUCACUUUGUGUUUGGGUCAAUAUCACUGUAGGGUGCUUUUUGGUGUCCCGUACAUAACUCAUUUGCCAUGAUAACAUAAAAACGACUAUGAAAGGGUGUGUUAUAUUAGGCUAAGUUUUUAUAUUCAUAACAAAAGCAUUACUUGGCUCUUUAGA